AUGGGUCCCGUUUGGCUUCUUCUUCUUCUUCUUCUUCUGCUCCCGUCCCUCCUCGGAGCGCAGGUGACUCCGGGCUUCACGCCGGGAGUCCCGGCGGACAACAGCACGGACUCUUUGACCAACAGCACGGGGACCUCCACCUCCCCCACCUCCCCCACCUCCCCCUCCAGCCCUGUCGGGCCCACAGAUCCGUCUGGAGCUCCCACGCAGGAGGAAGAUGACUGGUCCCCAGCGGAGACCUUCCUGUACACCAGAGACCCGCUGGCGCUGGAGGCCGCGCGCUGCUCGCGUGCGUACAGCCCGCCGGGUCUGUCCGGGUCGCCGCCCGGCAGCUUCGGCGCCGCCCUCCGGCCGGCUCUGGACGCGCUGGCCAACACGGCCAACUUCCUCAACAUGAUCUUCCAGGCCAGUGACCUGCGGGAGAGCACCGUGCGGGAGGACAUGGAGUGGUACCACGCCCUGGUCCGCGCCCUCCUGGAGGCCGACCUGCUCAUCCGGCGGGCCCUGCUCACCUUCGACGCCGACCCGACGUCCCCGGCGCCGCAGCUGGUGCUCUGCGCCUCCCGCAACCCGACGGCCAAGGUGCAAACCAUCAUCCUCCAGGACUUGUCCAAGGCCUGGGGGAGCCUGCACCCGCCGGCCCCCGCCCCCGACGACAGCUGGUUCCGGAGCUUUAAAUUCCCGGAGUCCAAAAAGCCGACGGCGGCCCUGUCCAAGCGGGUGCUCCUCAACGACCUCAGCACCUUGGACACGCCCAAGUGGAGGCAGGGCGACAGCUACGUGACCAAUCACAGCGGGGUGCGCUGGGGCCACGCCCCCUUCCUCGACUGCGAUGACGGACUCUUCGUUUCCGACUGGAUGCUCACCCUGUCCACGUCCUUCUACGGCCUCAAGCCCGACCUCACGCCAGAGUUCAGAGGUGUGAUCCGCGUGGACGUCAACAUUCAAGACAUCGACCUGGACCAGUGUGCAACAGGAGACGGCUGGUUUGCCGACACUCACCAGUGCAACCGCACCAGCAUGGAGUGCGUCCCGAGUCCAGGCCAGGGCUUUCAACUGGGUCAGUACUGCUGCCGCUGCAAAGAGGGUUACUACGACCCAGAGGGGGCCCCUGGAGAUCCAGGUGUGGAUGCAGAUGGCGGCGGCGCGAACAGGAGCGACGGCGGCGGCACGUGUUACCCCGACUCGCCCAUCUGUCUGCCGUGCUGGCCGGGCUGCGCCAGCUGCCAGGACGGCGCCCCCUGCUGGGUGCAGGAGGCCUGGCUCCUCAGGGGCGGCGUGCUGGCCGCCCAGGGCGUCUUCAUGCUCCUCAUCUUCGUCAGCAUGCUGGUGGCCUACAGGCAUCGUCGCAACCGGAGGAUCCGGGCGUCCGGCCUCUUGUUGCUGGAGACCAUCUUGUUCGGCUCUCUGCUGCUCUACUUCCCGGUGUUCAUCAUGUACUUCAAGCCGAGCACCUUCAGGUGUAUUCUGCUCCGCUGGGUCCGAAUGCUCGGCUUCUCCAUCGUCUACGGGACGGUCACUCUGAAAAUGUACAGGGUCCUGAAGGUGUUCCUCUCGCGCACGGCCCAGAGAGUGCCCUACAUGUCCAGCCUGCACUUGCUGAGGAUUCUGGGAGUGAUGCUGAUGACGGUCAGCUGGUUCCUGUGCGCGUGGACGGUCGGCGUCCUGCAGAACCGCGACAGGAACAUCCCGGUGUUCGUCACAAGCACCACGGCGGACGGCCAGGGGUUCAACCUGUGUUACCUGGACCGCUGGGACUACAUGAUGGCUGUGGCCGAGCUUCUGUUCCUGUGCUGGGGGAGCUCCCUGUGGACCGCCGUCAGGCCGGUUCCCUCGGCCUUCCACGAGCCUCGCUACAUGGGCAUCGCCAUCCACAACGAGCUGCUGCUCUCCUCCAUGUUUCAUCUGUUCAGGUUCACGUUUCCCUCUCUCCAUCCUGAUUGGAUGUUGCUGCUCUCCUUCACGCACACCCAUGUGACCAUCACCGUGACACUCGCCCUGCUCUUCCUUCCCAAGUUUCUGUAUGUGUCUAAGCCGAGGAGAGAGGAGAUCGCAGCGGAGGUGUAUGAAGAUGAAGUGGACCUGCGGCGCUCCGGCUCGUACCUCAACAGCAGUUUUUACUCCGGUUGGAGUGAACACAGUGGAGUGGACCCGGAUGACUUUCGGGAUGAACUGAGGAAGUUAUAUGCCCAGUUAGAAGUCCACAAGACCAAGAAGAUGACUGCAAACAACCCCCAUCUGUCAAAGAAGCGAAGUUCUCGAUGUGCGUUGGGGAGAUCCAUUAUUAGACGCAUUGCGGAGAUCCCGGAAAGCAUGAGCCGGCAGUGCAGCCGCGAGGACAAAGAUGGAUCCUUCCACAGUAGGAUCAGUGUGAAUCAAUCAGAGUCCUUCUGGAGGACCCCGGAUACUGUCAGUAUCCACUACAAAAGUUCCAUGAAAUCACCAUCACCAUCCAUGCGCAAGUCCCAAAGUGAUCAUCACUACAUCAGGGAAAGAGACCCUUCCUUGCGCGACUCCAUGUUAAAGGCCAACACGGUGAAGAGAUCUUCCCGGCGAUCUGAGACGGACUCCUUGGAUAUCCCACCAGGAGUUUGCAAGUCAGCCAGCGCCCAAAAUCUGUCAAUUAAUACCAAUCUCCUGCAUCCUGAUCACACCAGGCUUCAUAAGUCCUGGAGUCUAACCUCCACGACCACCCAUUCUAUGGAGAACAUAGCGAAGAUCACCAGAGCUUGCACAGUGCUGACAAGGUCCCGGCAGAGCCUUUCCAUUAGUGAGCAGACCAGGAGUGCUCUCCAGUCAGAGUCAUUUAGCAAGACUGAGGUCUGUCCUUGGGAGGUGGAACAAGAACAAUCAGGGGACAAGAACCAGAAACAUGUCACCUACGAGGAUAGGUCGGACAAAGGGCCAACAUCUCCAGAAGUGCUUGUCUGUCCCUGGGACCAUUUUCCACCCGAAGAAAAGAGCCCUUCAGAGGAUAGGGGAACAGGUGGAACGGACUCCCCCAAACCACAGGCCAGUGUGUCUGCAAGUGCACCAGGCACUCCGAGACCAAAGGUCACAAAAGAUCAACGUGUCUUCUCCUUCCGCAACACCAGCAGUAAGUGGCUCUCUGUAAAAAACGUCAUUGGAUCCUUUGAUGCCGGAAGCAGGUCCAGUAAGGACGGGAGUUUGUAUAAAGAGGAUUCCGUUUCACAAAAGAGUCAGGAAAGCAUUUCCACAACGCCGAGAUGGGGAACAUCUAGUCGACGUCCCAGCAUGGAAAAGAGGUCACUGCAGAAAAGAAGUAUGACGACAGGGGAAAAACCAUAUCUCGUGAAACAGAACGCCAUCAGACUUUCUUCUGCGGAUUCUUCAGACAGAAGCCCACGAAAGCUAGCGAUCGGAAAAUCCGCCGUCUACCCUUGGGACAUGGAUGAUAUGCCAAAAGAAGGCACUUACGAAAAUGUGUUUUUAUCGAGGCAGAACAGCAAACGUAGUAGUAUUAGUUCUUGGGAAACUGCUAGCAGUUGUAGAACUCCUUCAACUCACAGAAGAGGAAGUAAUCGAAUUACACCAGUCCGCAAUUCUCCCUACACAGAUAUGUGUCCAUGGGAUGGAGCUUCCCAGGAAGGAGAGGGCUUUAAGAAGCAGCAGAGCAUUAAAGCAGACGUCUGCCCUUGGGACUCGCUGGUAUCUCAACCAUCUAACGUGUGUCCGUGGGAAUCUCAAGAGCAAGGGAAUGCAAGCAGGCGAGGAAGUGUUCGUAGCGAUGCAUGUCCUUGGGAAUUGCAGGAUAUUCCAGUUAUUUAUUAUACUAACACGUCCAGAGAUUCACAGGGACAACAGUCUUUGAAACGUCCAGCAAAUAUAUGUCCCUGGGAGACUGCAGAAGGUCCUCCAUCUUCAGUGAGGGAAGAUAAUGAAUAUGUUAAUGUUUGUCCCUGGGAUGUUCAGGACAGAGCUGAAGUUGUAUAUGAAAACUUUAAUCCCUCGGAGACCAAGGGAACGCUGUCGGUGCCUCUUCACCAAGAAAUUAUGAAACCUGCCAUCUAUCCCGGUGCGUCAAAAGAAACGUUAAGUAAUGAGCAGCAACACCAAGCAAAAUCCCCUGUCCUGGAUUUGGGUAGACACAUGUCCAUGGUAGCAGAAAGUUGUCCAUGGGAUUUCCCUGACCCCCCUAAAACCAUGGGGGACAUUUGUCCAUGGGAUGAGGGGAACACCGAUCCAACAGAUACAGGCUCAAUGACACAAAUGACUAUCAAAGUAGAUAUUUGUCCCUGGGAGACUGGACAUCAAGACAAACCAGCAGACUCAGGUAUCUCACCUUUGAGAGCUGCUUCUGUACAGACUGAUGGGAACUACAGCACAAGAGUAAACGUAUGUCCCUGGGAAACUGACCCCCCGGAUAAAACUGGAGCUACCGGGAUGGUGUCACAAGGACUGGAAAGGCCAGCAGAUGUUUGUCCGUGGGAUAGUGGCGAACCAGAAACAGGAAAUCCACAGACCCCCAAAACAUCUGAGAGUCAUGUAAGGCAAGACACAGAUUGCACAGCGGCAGUCAAAACGGAAGAAUCAAAAGCAUCAGGGAAACUACAAAGACAAGGAAAUUCCCAGGAAGGUGUUUGUCCGUGGGAGACAGGGGAACCAAAGGUUCUCCAAAAGCAAGAUAGUACACAGGAAGAUGUUUGCCCGUGGGAGACAGGGGAACCAAAGGUUCUCCAAAAGCAAGAUAGUACACAGGAAGAUGUUUGCCCGUGGGAGACAGGGGAACCAAAGGUUCUCCAAAAGCAAGAUAGUACAAGGGAAGAUGUUUGUCCGUGGGAGACAGGGGAACCAAAGGUUCUCCAAAAGCAAGAUAGUACACGGGAAGAUGUUUGCCCGUGGGAGACAGGGGAACCGAAGGUUCUCCAAAAGCAAGAUAGUACUCGGGAAGAUGUUUGUCCGUGGGAGACAGGGGAACCAGAAGUUGUCAAAAAGCAAGACACCACUGGAGGGGAUGUUUGUCCGUGGGAGUCUCAGGAUCCACAAACCUCAAACGAAAGCAAAGUUGAUAUUCCCAAAAGUGACCAAGAUUACGUCACAGAGAACCAGGGGCCAGAAGAGGCAGAUAUGAGCACAGAGCAGAUCGAUGAGAUGAAAGAAAACUUAGCCCUGGGCCGGCGUGAUGCUUUGUGUCCCUGGCAGAUGGAGAGGAGCCGGUCGGGGUCGUUCACAGACAACGCCUCGGACGUCUUCACGUGGGAGCCCGAGAACAUUCCAGAGGAAGACGAGGAGGACGAUGCAGAAUGUGCCGCCGAGGCUUUCGUAUUCCCAUCUGACUUGUGA